GGGUGCAUGUGAAUCACCAUAGCGAACGAAGCUGAGCUAAUUUAUGAUUUGUCUCCAAAAACCCAAAUAUUGAAAUGUAGAUCCUAAUACAUGUUUUGAGUGCUAUUAUUUUAUAUGAAACUGUAUUGCUGGCCCUGUCUUAGGCAUCUUUCACCCAACUCCAAUUGCAUUCUCUAAUAACUCCAUUCGCUCGCUCCUAUCUAACAACCAAGAAUGCACCACAGAAUCUUAAAUUCUUCUCCUUAUUUUUCUCUUGUACAUUUUUAAGUUAAAAAAAUAUAGUUUAUUUGGAACUUGUUUGCAGUAUACACUGAUGGGGAAUAUUGAGAGAGCGAGAUCAUCUACCUCUGUCAAAAUCUAGAUUUGGCUGAACUUAAUGUUUCAGGAGAGUUUUUUCUUGUACCCCCUUUUUCCCUUGUAAACCCCAAGUUUCCUUUUCUUUUCUUUUUCUUUCUUUUGCUCUUCUUCUUCAACUGGUUUAGCUACUGAAAAGCUGCUGUGAUUCUUCAUAGUUUGGUAUCUCUUUGAAGAAUCUGUAACAGGAGGGAAUAGUGAAAGGUGAUUCUGAUUAUCAGAGUUGUUAUGUGAUCUAUCUUUUUUUCUGCAAAUUUCUUGGGAAGAAAGGCAUCAUUUCUGUUUAUCCUAUACAUUCUUUUCUUGGGAUAUUGUUCAAGCGAUAUUAAACUCUCAAUGGAGAAUCUUCUUAGGCCAUACGAUAAGGAGUAUAUCAGGAUGGCAAUGUUAAAACACGAAGAAACAUUCAAACAGCAGGUCUACGAGCUGCAUUGUCUAUAUCGAAUCCAGGAGACACUGAUGAGAAGCAUUGAAAUAGGCAGGCCUAAUGGAAGCUUUAGCAUGAAGAAUACUUAUCAGCACAGGAAUAUCAAUAUGCAUCAUGAUUCAAGAACGAGACAUGAUCACUUGGAACAUCCGGCGGGUGAGGCUGAUUAUCAGCGAUACAAUGUUGCAGAAUCCGGCAUAGAAGAGAUCGAGAUCGAGCUGACUUUAGGUCCCACAAAGUACAGGCCGGAAAAGAAACACAGGACUCCGCUAACUUCGGAUUCUGGUCCAAGUUUCUCUUCUUCUUCUAAUGAAUCAAGUCAUAUGAAGCAUACAAGCACAAGAGAAGAUUUCAGUGGCAAUGAUGAUCGGAUGGGACUUUUCCAUGUCACUGGCAGCACACUAAGGUAUCAAAAUGGAAGUAAAAACAACAAUGAGCUUGGAGAAGAGUUACGACCAGAGAGAUUAAAACCGCCUCCUUGGCUUUUCCAAGUUCUAAGUAUGAAUAUGACACGAAAACAAAAAGGGAAAUGAAACUAUUUUCCAAGUAGAUAUGAUGAGAUUUUAGACUGUUACUUAUCGACUAAUUUCCUGUGAUUGGUGUUUCUAUGAGAGUUUCUGCUUCGUAGUUUUUAGCAUUUGGAGUAUUUUGUAAAGAUCAAUGGUUUCCCUCCCUUGAAAAGACCCUGUAAUUUGUAAAGAUAU